GCGUGCCGGCAGGCCGGGCAAGGAGGCGGGACACGUCGGCGCUACCACCGCCACCGCCGCCGCCGCCCCUCCUCCCGUUCCAGCUGCCGCUGCCGCUUCCUGGGCUGAGUCCGCCCGCGGUCCCGGCGGCGCCAGGUGCGUUCACUCUGCCCGGCUCCAGCCAGCGUCCGCCGCCGCCGUAGCUGCCCCGGGCUCCCCGCCCCGCUGCCGAGAUGGCGACGCGCUCCUGUCGGGAGAAGGCUCAGAAGCUGAACGAGCAGCACCAGCUCAUCCUAUCCAAGCUUCUGAGGGAGGAGGACAACAAGUACUGCGCCGACUGCGAGGCCAAAGAGCUUCCUGCGGCUGAGGGAGGGAUGAAACAAGUACCCAUGUGACCACCACCACUGGGACUGCGCUGGAUUAGACCUGAAACCAGCAUAGCACUGAGUCUUACCCGGGACCUGUGGCGACCACUGCCUGGCUACCACUGAUGUUCUCUCAAGGCCCAAGAGCUCUUCAGUCAGCAGGUCCUCGAUGGGCUUCCUGGAAUAUUGGUGUGUUUAUUUGCAUCAGAUGUGCUGGAAUUCAUAGAAAUCUUGGGGUUCAUAUAUCCAGGGUCAAAUCAGUCAACCUAGACCAAUGGACAGCAGAACAGAUACAGCAGCUGGAAUCCAAAAGAUCUUGAAACCAGUCCUGAAAGGCUUGCUCCUAUGCAAGAAAUCCUGGUGGAUUUUGAGAGGAAGAUAGAGAAAUUUCUCGAAAAUUUCAAGUGGUAGUAGAGUGCAUGCAAGAUAUGGGAAAUACUAAAGCAAGACUACUCUAUGAAGCCAAUCUUCCAGAGAACUUUCGAAGACCACAGACAGAUCAAGCAGUGGAAUUUUUCAUCAGAGAUAAAUAUGAAAAGAAGAAAUACUACGAUAAAAAUGCCAUAGCUAUUACAAAUAUUUCCUCCUCUGAUGCUCCUCUUCAGCCUUUGGUAUCCUCUCCUUCUCUGCAAGCUGCUGUUGACAAAAAUAAAUUGGAGAAAGAAAAGGAAAAAAAAAAGGAAGAGAAAAAGAGAGAAAAGGAGCCAGAAAAGCCGGCAAAACCACUUACAGCUGAAAAGCUGCAGAAGAAAGAAGAUCAGCAACUGGAGCCUAAAAAAAGUACCAGCCCUAAAAAAGCUGCGGAGCCCACUGUGGAUCUUUUAGGACUUGAUGGCCCUGCUGUGGCACCAGUGACCAACGGGAACACAACGAUGCCACCCCUGAACGAUGAUCUGGACAUCUUUGGACCGAUGAUUUCUAAUCCCUUACCUGCAACUGUCAUGCCCCCAGCUCAGGGGACAUCCUCUGCACCAGCAGCUGCAACCCUGUCUACAGUAACAUCUGGGGAUCUAGAUUUAUUCACUGAGCAAACUACAAAAUCAGAAGAAGUGGCAAAGAAACAACUUUCCAAAGACUCCAUCUUAUCUCUGUAUGGCACAGGAACCAUUCAACAGCAAAGUACUCCUGGUGUAUUUAUGGGACCCACAAAUAUACCAUUUACCUCACAAGCACCAGCUGCAUUUCAGGGCUUUCCAUCGAUGGGCGUGCCUGUGCCUGCAGCUCCUGGCCUUAUAGGAAAUGUGAUGGGACAGAGUCCAAGCAUGAUGGUGGGCAUGCCCAUGCCCAAUGGGUUUAUGGGAAAUGCACAAACUGGUGUGAUGCCACUUCCUCAGAACGUUGUUGGCCCCCAAGGAGGAAUGGUGGGACAAAUGGGUGCACCCCAGAGUAAGUUUGGCCUGCCGCAAGCUCAGCAGCCCCAGUGGAGCCUCUCACAGAUGAAUCAGCAGAUGGCUGGCAUGAGUAUCAGUAGUGCAACCCCUACUGCAGGUUUUGGCCAGCCCCCCAGCACAACAGCAGGAUGGUCUGGAAGCUCAUCAGGUCAGACUCUCAGCACACAACUGUGGAAAUGAAAACUGCAAUACAAGUUUCAUCCAGAACUACCACCUGACAUUCCUUGCUGAAACGCAUCUAGUUCCCCUGUUUAUUCAUAUGCAUAUUUUUUUUUCAUUUUACCCAUUGGUUCAUAUUAAGAAUGAUCUGAUUGACCGUGUUGGUCUGUACUGAUUCAAUUUGAUGUGGUGAAAGGCAGGUUGAUAAACCAUUUUAUGUCAAGGGCAGCUUUGCUCAUAUUUCCCAUGAUUUCAUGUACUGCAUUAUUUGAGAAGCUGCUCAACUUGCAAAAUCAGUUUUCCUCUCAAUAAAAUUAUAGCUCUAAUGUUUGCAUAUAAGGGAAGUAGUUAUCAUGUUAGUAAUACCUCUAAUAGUAUAAACCCCACCCCAAAAUUAGCCAGUAAUCCUGUAGGAAGGUACUGUAUGAUCAAAUGUUUAAUCAUAUAAAUAGAAUGUAAAUGCCUCACUGAGCACUGUUUUCUAGUGUAUCAAAAUGCUUUUAUUUCAUCAUUCACUUCACUGUGCUGUUGUUAUGAUGUGCUUAACAGGGAACGUGGUUAGUGAAAGGAAGAUAAACCUGGAUGUUACUCCAAAACUUCGUUUAAUGAAUGCUUAAAGAAUUCAAAUUUUAUCUGCCUCUCUUGUAAUUUGGAUCUCUUCUUAAUGUACAUAGUGCUAACAUGAAGACCUUUUUCUGCACUAUAUGCAAACAGGGUAACUAACUAAAACAAAGCCACUUUCAAUCUUCAAUCCUUGAAGGUAUAUCCAGGUUUAUGACAGUAAUUGUGUUUACAUUUUAUGGUGCCUAGUAUUGACAAAAUGUUAUUUCCCUAUAUUAAACAUGACUCCAUAGACCUUUUCA